CCCACCCCCGAGCCCCGCGGCGUUUCCGGGCCUGGGCCGAUGCUGCGCACGCUCGGGUGCUCUGCUCGCGGUCAUGGCGGACCCUGGAUCUGGUGUGCAGGGCUCCCUGCUGCAGCUGCGGGAUUUCUUGUCGUGCGGGGACCGCUGCGGCGCAGCUGUGGCCGGCUGCCAGCUGAUCCGUGGCUUGGGGCAGGAGUGCGUGCUGAGCAGCAGCCCGGCGGUGCUGGCAUUACAGACUUCCUUAGUUUUUUCCAAAGACUUUGGUUUGCUUGUAUUUGUUCGGAAGUCACUCACCUUUGAUGAAUUUCGUGAUUGUAGAGAAGAAGCCCUCAAAUUUUUAUAUAUCUUCUUAGAAAAACUUGGCCAGAAGAUCAUGCCUUACUCGCUUGAUGUAAAGAAUAUUUGUACCAGCGUCUAUACAAAAGACAGAGCUGCAAAAUGUAAAAUUCCAGCCCUCGACCUUCUCAUUAAGCUACUUCAGACUUUGAGAAGUUCUAGAAUCAUGGAUGAAUUUAGAGUUGGAGAAUUAUUUAAUAAAUUCUAUGGAGAACUUGCAUUGAAAACAAAAAUAUCAGAUACAGUUUUAGAAAAAGUCUACGAGCUACUGGGAGUAUUAGGUGAAGUUCAUCCCAGUGAAAUGAUAAAUAACUCAGAAAACCUGUUCCGGGCUUUUCUGAGUGAACUUAAGACCCAGAUGACAUCAGCAGUAAGAGAGCCCAAGCUCCCCGUUCUGGCCGGAUGUCUGAAGGGCUUGUCUUCACUUCUGUGUAACUUCACUAAGUCCAUGGAAGAAGUAAGAUUGACAAAGCCUUCUCCUUUACCUUUCCUGAAGCCUUGCAAGGUCAUCAAUGCCAAGGAUGUUGACUUCAUGUAUGUUGAGCUCAUUCAGCGCUGUAAGCAGAUUUUCCUCACCCAGAUGGACACUGCUGAUGACCACAUGUAUCAGAUGCCGAGUUUCCUCCAAUCCAUUGCCAGUGUCUUGCUUUACCUCGACACUGUUCCUGAGGUAUACACUCCAGUCCUGGAGCAUCUCAUGGUGGUACAGAUAGACAGUUUCCCACAGUACAGUCCAAAAAUGCAAUUGGUCUGUUGCAAAGCCAUGGUGAGGCUUUUCCUGGUCUUGGCAGAGAAGGGGCCAGUUCUCUGGAAUUGCAUCAGUACUGUGGUACAUCAGGGUUUAAUCAGAAUAUGUUCUAAGCCAGUAAUGCUUCAAAAGGGCUCGGAGUCUGAAUCUGAAGAGCAUCGUGCCACAGGGGAAGUUAGAACUGGAAGGUGGAAGAUGCCCACCUGCAAAGACUAUGUGGAUCUUUUUAGAAAUCUCCUGAGCUGUGACCAGAUGAUGGAUUGUAUUUUACCAGAUGAAGCAUGUCUCUUUGUGAAUUCUUCUCUUCAAAGUCUGAAUCAUUUACUCUAUGAUGAAUUUAUAAAAUCUGUUUUGAAGAUUGUUGAGAAAUUGGAUCUUACACUAGAAAAACAGACCGUUGGGGAGCAAGAGGAUGGAAAUGAGGCCACUGGUGUUUGGGUGAUCCCGACUUCAGAUCCAGCUGCUAACUUGCAUCCUGCUAAACCUAAAGAUUUUUCAGCUUUCCUUAACCUGGUGGAAUUUUGCAGAGACAUUCUCCCUGGGAAACAAGUACGAUUUUUUGAACCUUGGGUAUGCUCAUUUGCAUAUGAAUUAAUUGUGCAUUCUACACGCUUGCCACUCAUCAGUGGUUUCUACAAAUUGCUUUCUAUUGCAGUGAGAAAUGCCAAGAAAAUAAAGUAUUUUGAGGGAAUUAGUCCUAAGAGUCUGAAGCACUCUCCUGAGGACCCAGAAAAGUUUUCUUGUUUUGCUUUAUUUGCAAAAUUUGGUAAAGAGGUAUCAGUUAAAAUGAAGCAAUACAAAGAUGAACUUUUGGCCUCCUGUUUGACCUUUGUUCUGUCCUUGCCACAUGACAUCAUUGAACUUGAUGUCAGAGCCUAUGUUCCUGCAUUGCAGAUGGCCUUCAAAUUGGGCCUGAGCUAUACCCCGCUGGCCGAAGUAGGCCUGAAUGCCCUCCAAGAAUGGUCAGGACACAUCCGCAAGCAUGUAAUUCAGCCUUACUACAAAGACAUUCUCCCCUGCCUUGACGGAUACUUGAAGACUUCCACCUCAUCAGGUGAGACCAAGAAUAACUGGGAAGUGUCAGCACUUUCUCGGGCUGUCCAGAAAGGAUUCACUGAAGCUGCAUUAAAGCAGUUGAAAAAAACAAAGAACAUUUCAUCAAAUGAAGCACUGUCUUUAGAAGAUAUAAGAAUUAGAAUAGUACAAAUGCUUGGAUCUCUAGGAGGACAAAUAAACAAAAAUCUGGUAACAGCUGCAUCUUCUGAUGAAAUGAUGAAGAAGUGUAUGGCCUGGGAUGUGGAGAGAAGGCUUGGCUUUGCAGUGCCGUUCAGAGACAUGAAGCCUGUCAUUCAUCUGGAGGGGUUCUUGCCUCGGGUCACAGAAUUAGCCCUUUCAGCUAGUGACAGACAAACCAAAGUGGCAGCCUGUGAGCUGUUACAUAGCAUGGUUAUGUUUAUGCUGGGAAAAGCCACUCAGAUGCCUGAAGGAAGUCAGGGUCCCCCACCCAUGUACCAGCUCUAUAAGCGAACAUUUCCUGUGCUGCUUCGGCUUGGGUGUGAUGUGGAUCAGGUGACCAGGCAGCUCUAUGAGCCCCUCGUCAUGCAGCUGAUUCACUGGUUCACUAACAACAAGAAAUUUGAAAGUCAGGAUACGGUCGCCCUGCUAGACACAAUAUUGGAUGGAAUUGUGGACCCCGUUGACAGUACUUUAAGAGACUUUUGUGGUCGUUGUGUUCGAGAAUUCCUCAAAUGGUCCAUUAAGCAGACAACCCCACAGCAGCAGGAAGAGAGUCCAGUCAACACCAAAUCGCUGUUCAAGCGCCUGUACAGCUUUGCACUCCACCCCAAUGCUUUCAAGAGGCUCGGGGCAUCACUCGCUUUCAAUAACAUCUACAAGGAAUUCAGGGAAGAAGAGUCCCUGGUAGAACAGUUUGUGUUUGAAGCCUUGGUGAUAUAUAUGGAAAGUCUGGCCUUAGCUCACGCAGACGAGAAAUCCUUAGGUACAGUUCAACAGUGUUGUGAUGCCAUUGACCACCUAAGCCGCAUCAUCGAGAAGAAAUGCGUUUCUUUAAACAAACCAAAAAAACGGCGGUUGCCACGAGGAUUCCCACCUUCAGCAUCACUGUGUUUAUCGGAUCUGGUCAAGUGGCUGUUAGCCCGUUGUGGGAGGCCUCAGACUGAAUGCCGACACAAGUCCAUAGAACUCUUUUAUAAAUUUGUUCCUUUAUUGCCAGGCAACAAAUCCCCUUCAUUAUGGCUGAAAGAUCUUAUGAAGAAAGAAGAGACCUCUUUUCUCAUAAACACGUUUGAAGGGGGUGGUAGUAGUGGUGACCGGCCGGCGGGCAUCCUUGCUCAGCCCACCCUCUUCCACCUGCAGGGGCCCUUCAGCCUGCGCACAACGCUGCAGUGGCUGGGCCUGCUGCUGGCCGCGCUCGAGUGCUACAACACGUUCAUCCAGGAGAGGACUAUUGAAGCGCUGGAUGUCCUGGGUACUGAAGCUCAAUCUUCACUUUUGAAGUCGCUGGCUUUCUUUUUAGAGAGCCUUGCUAUGCAUGAUAUCACAGCAGCAGAAAAGUGCUUUGGCACUGGGACAGCAAGUGACAGACCCAGCCCGCAAGAGCAGGAAAGGUACAACUACAGCAAAUGCACAGUCGUGGUCCGGACUAUGGAGUUUACCACAACUCUGCUCAGCACCUAUCCAGAAGGGUGGAAGCUCCUGGAGAAGGACUUGUGCAACGCAGCUCUGAUGCAGCUCCUGGUGCAAACGCUCUGUGAGCCCGUGAGUGUAGGGUUCCACGUCGGCGACGUCCAGGUUAUGGACCAUCUUCCCAGUGUGUGUGUGAACCUGAUGAAAGCACUGAAGCAGUCCCCAUACAGAGACGUCCUGGAGACCCACCUGAAGGAAAAAAUGACAGCACAGAGCCUUGAGGAGCUUUGUUCAGCUGACUUGUGCAGUCUGGAUGCUCACUUGCAGAGGAGCAGGCUGGCUUCUGUCGUGUCUGCCUACAAACAGCUUCACAGAGCUGGGUUCUUGGACGUCGUUCUGCCAUCUCAGGCUACAGACCUGCAGCAUUCUAUUGGCACAAGACUUCUUUCCCUGGUGUACAAUAGCAUCACAUCUGGAGGUGACAGGCAGGGUCUACCUUCACUAGACCCCAGCUGUAAGCGACUGGCCAUUGGAUUUCUGGAGUUGGCCUUUUCUUUUGGAGGACAGUGUGAGCGCCUUGUGAGUCUUCUUCUGGACACGGCAGUGCUGUCCAUGCCAUCGCUGGGCAGCUCCUCGAGAAGCAGCAGUAGCUGCUUCUCCCGUGGAGAGUAUUUCUAUAGUGUGUUCUCAGAAACCAUCAACACUGAAUUGCUGAAAAGUCUCGAUCUUGCUGUGCUGGAGCUCAUGAAGUCAUCAGUGGACAAUCCCAAAAUGGUGAGUGCAGUUCUGAAUGGCAUGUUAGAUCAGAGCUUCCGAGAUCGGACAAGUCAGAAGCAGCAAGGACAGAAGCUUGCCACCAUGAUUUUGCAAAAUUGGAGGAAGUGCAACUCAUGGUGGGCCAGAGAAUCCCCACCCGAGAGCAAAAUGGCAGUGCUGGCUUUGCUGGCAAAGAUUUUACAGAUUGAUUCACCUGUGUCUUUUAAUACAAGCCAUAGUGCAUUCCCCGAAGUCUUUACAACAUACACCACUCUACUUGCUGAUUCACAGUUGGGUCUACAUUUAAAGGGCCAAGCCAUCCUUCUCCUUCCAUUCUUCACUGGCCUCCCUGGAGGCAGCCUGCAGGACCUGAAGUGUGUUCUGGAGAAGCUCAUAGUCUCUCAUUUCCCCAUGAAGUCUGAUGAAUUCCCCCCCGGAACUCUGCGGUACAAUAAUUAUGUGGACUGUAUGAAAAAGCUUUUAGAUGCUUUGGAGUUGUCUCAGAGUCCGGUACUGUUGCAGUUGGUGACAGAAAUUCUUUGUCGGGAGCAGCAGCAUGUUAUGGAAGAGUUAUUUCAAUCGACUUUCAAAAGGAUUGCCAGAAGGGGUUUAUGUGUCACACAGUUAGACCUUCUGGAAAGUGUGUACCGAAUGUUCAGAAAGGAUGACCUGCUUCCAAGUAUCACUCGCCAGGCGUUUGUAGACCGUGUGCUCCUCACUCUACUGUGGCACUGCAGCCUGGAUGCUUUGAGAGAAUUCUUCAGCAGAAUUGUGGUGGACGCCAUUGAUGUGUUGAAGAUCAGGUUUACAAAGUUGAAUGAAUCUACCUUUGACACUCAAAUCACGAAGAAGAUGGGCUAUUACAAGAUGCUAGAUGUGAUGUAUUCUCGUCUUCCAAAAGAUGACGUUCACUCCAAGGAAUCUAAAGUCAAUCAAGUUUUCCAUGGCUCAUCUAUUACAGAAGGAAAUGAGCUCACAAAAACACUAAUUAAAUUGUGCCAUGAUGCAUUCACAGAGAAUAUGGCUGGGGAGAACCAGCUGCUGGAAAGGAGAAGGCUUUUCCAUUGUGCUGCCUACAAUUGUGCCAUCUCUGUCAUCUGCUGUGUCUUCAACGAAUUAAAAUUCUACCAAGGUUUUCUGUUUACUGAAAAACCAGAAAAGAACUUGCUUAUUUUUGAAAAUCUGAUAGACCUGAAGCGCUGCUAUUCAUUUCCUGUAGAAAUCGAGGUUCCUAUGGAAAGAAAGAAAAAAUACAUUGAAAUUAGAAAAGAAGUGAGGGAAGCAACAAAUGGGGAUUCAGAUGGUCCUCAUUAUAUGUCAUCCUUGUCAUAUUUGGCAGACAGUAGCCUGAGUGAGGAAAUGAGUCAAUUUGAUUUCUCAACUGGGGUUCAAAGCUAUUCAUACAGCUCCCAAGACCCUAAAUCUGCCACUGGUCAUUUUCGGAGACAGGAACAUCCAGAUUCCAAGGUCCAAGGUGAUGUCCUGGAGUUAGAGAUGGAUGAGCUUGGGCAGCACGAAUGCAUGGCCCCCCUGGCUGCCCUGCUGAAGCACAUGAGAAAGCUGGUCCCACCCCAGGCAGAAGAGGGUUCAGUGUCAAGAGAUCUUCCUCCUUGGAUGAAAUUUCUUCAUGACAAACUAGGAAAUCCAUCAGUGCCAUUAAAUGUUCGUCUCUUCUUAGCCAAGCUUGUCAUUAAUACAGAAGAAGUCUUUCGCCCUUACGCAAAGCACUGGCUCAGCCCCUUGCUGCAGCUGGCUGUUUCUGAAAACAACGGAGGUGAAGGGAUUCACUACAUGGUGGUUGAGUUAGUGGCUACUGUUCUUUCCUGGACAGGCUUGGCUACUCCUGUGGGGAUCCCUAAAGAUGAAAUAUUAGCAAAUCGACUGCUUCAUUUCCUAAUGAAACAUGUUUUUCAUCCAAAAAGAGCUGUUUUUAGACACAACCUUGAGAUUAUAAAAACCCUCGUUGAAUGCUGGAAGGAUUGUUUAGCCAUCCCUUACAGGUUAAUAUUUGAAAGGUUUUCCAGUAAAGAUGCCAAUUCUAAAGACAACUCCGUAGGGAUUCAGUUACUGGGCAUUGUGAUGGCCAAUAACCUUCCUCCCUAUGACCCCAAGUGUGGAGUCGAGAGUGUCAUGUACUUUCAAGCUUUAGUCAAUAAUAUGUCCUUUGUAAAAUAUAGAGAGGUGUAUGCAGCAGCGGCAGAAGUUCUAGGAUUCGUUCUCCGAUACAUUACUGAGAGAAAAGAUAUCCUGGAGGAGCCUGUGCGUGAACUGGUUGUAAAACAGUUGAAGCAACAUCAGAAUACUAUGGAAGACAAAUUUAUUGUGUGCUUGAAUAAAGUGGUCAAGAGCUUCCCUCCCCUUGCUGACAGGUUCUUGAAUGCAGUGUUCUUCCUGCUGCCCAAGUUUCAUGGCGUGAUGAAGACACUGUGUCUGGAGGUGGUGCUUUGUCGUGCAGAGGAAAUCACAGAUCUGUACUUCCAGCUCAGGAGCAAGGACUUUUUUCAGGUCAUACGACACAGAGAUGAUGAAAGACAAAAGGUGUGUUUGGACAUCAUUUAUAAGAUGAUGGCAAAAUUGAAACCAGUAGAACUCCGAGAACUUCUGGCCUCUGUUGUAGAGUUUGUGUCCCACCCUUCUCCUAUGUGCAGGGAACAAAUGUAUAAUAUUCUCAUGUGGAUACAUGACAACUACAGAGAUCCAGAAAGUCAAACAGAUAAUGACUCCCAGGAAAUAUUUAAAUUGGCAAAAGAUGUGCUGAUUCAAGGACUGAUCGAUGACAACCCUGGACUUCAAUUGAUUAUUCGAAAUUUCUGGAGCCAUGAAACUAGGUUGCCUUCAAAUACCUUGGAUCGGUUGUUGGCACUAAACUCCUUAUAUUCUCCUAAAAUCGAAGUGCACUUUUUAAGUUUAGCAACAAAUUUUUUGCUUGAAAUGACCAGCUUGAGCCCAGAUUACCCAAACCCCAUGUUUGAGCAUCCUCUGUCAGAAUGUGAAUUUCAGGAAUACACCAUUGAGCCUGACUGGCGUUUCCGAAGCACCGUGCUCACUCCAAUGUUUAUUGAGACCCAGGCCUCCUUAAAUUCACUCCAGACGCGAACCCAGGAAGGCUCCAGACCCGAACCCCGAGGGCCAGCAGCUGGGCAAAUAAGGGCCACCCAGCAGCAGUAUGAUUUCACACCCACGCAGACUUCAGAUGGAAGGAGCUCAUUUAACUGGCUGACAGGGAGCAGUAUUGACCCGCUAGCAGAUUUCACGGCUUUCUCAUCGUCAUCGUCGGAUUCCUUAUCUUCCUCCUUGCUGUUUGCCCACAAGAGCGACAAGUCAUUGAGAGCGCCGUGGAAACCUGUGGGCCUUGCUUGUCGAGAGAAAAGGCUGGGCCUUCCUGGGGACGAGGUGGAUAACAAAGUGAAAGGCACAGACAAUCGGGUGGAAAUACUAAGAUUACGCAGACGAUUUUUAAAGGACCAAGAAAAAGUCAGUUUGAUUUAUGCCAGAAAAGGCAUUGUUGAACAAAAACGAGAAAAGGAGAUCCAGAGUGAAUUGAAAAUGAAGCAGGAUGCGCAGGUGGUUCUGUACAGGAAGUACCGGCUGGGAGACCUGCCUGACAUCCAGAUCAAACACAGCAGCUUGAUCGCCCCGUUGCAGGCCGUGGCCCAGAGAGACCCAAUAAUUGCAAAACAACUCUUUAGCAGUUUAUUUUCUGCAAUUCUAAAGGAGAUGGAUAAGUUCAAGAUGGCAUCUGAGAAAAGCAGUAUCACUCAAAAGUUGCUCCAAGACUUUAAUAGUUUUCUCAACACCACUUUUUAUUUCUUCCCACCCUUUGUCUCCUGCAUCCAGGAAAUCAGCUGUCAACACGCAGACUUGCUGAGCCUUGACCCGGCCGCUGUGCGCUCUGGCUGUCUGGCCAGCCUGCAGCAGCCCACGGGCAUCCGCCUUCUCGAGGAGGCACUGCUCCACCUGGGGCCUGUGGAGCCACCCACCAAACGCAUCCGAGGGAAGACCCACCUUCCCCCUGACGUCCUCCGGUGGAUCGAACUUGCUAAGCUGUAUAGAUCGAUUGGAGAAUACGACGUCCUCCGUGGUAUUUUUAGCAGUGAGAUAGGAACAAAGCCUGUCACUCAGGAUGCGUUAUUAGCAGAAGCCAGGAGUGAUUAUUCUGAAGCUGCCAAGCAGUAUAAUGAGGCUCUCAAUAAACAAGAGUGGGAAGAUGGUGAGCCUACGGAAGCCGAAAAGGACUUCUGGGAACUUGCAUCCCUUGACUGCUACAACCACCUCUCUGAGUGGAAAUCCCUUGCAUACUGCUCUACAGCCAGUGUGGACAGUGAGAACCCUCCGGAUCUCAACAAGAUGUGGAGUGAGCCGUUUUAUCAGGAAACGUACCUGCCUUACAUGGUCCGCAGCAAGCUGAAGCUGCUGCUGCAGGGAGAGGCUGACCAGUCCCUGCUGACAUUUGUGGACGAGGCCGUGCACCAAGAACUGCAGAAGACAGUCCUGGAGCUUCAGUACAGCCAGGAGCUGAGUCUCCUUUACCUCCUGCAGGACGACGUGGACAGAGCCAAAUACUACAUUGAAAAUGGCAUUCAGAUUUUUAUGCAGAAUUACUCUAGCAUCGAUGUCCUCUUACACAGAAGCAGGCUCACCAAAUUACAGUCUGUCCAGGCUUUGAUAGAAAUUCAGGAGUUCAUUGGCUUUAUGAGUAAACAAGGUAAUUUAUCAUCUCAAGUUCCCCUUAGGAGACUUCUGAAAACCUGGACAAACAGAUAUCCAGAUGCAAACAUGGACCCAAUGAACAUCUGGGAUGACAUCAUCACAAAUCGAUGUUUCUUUCUCAGUAAGAUCGAGGAGAAGCUGCCCUCUCUCGCAGACGAUCACAGCAUGAGUGUGGAUGAAGACGAGGAUCCCCGGCUCAGCAGGGAGGUGAACACACAGGAGGAAGACAUCUGCUCGCUGAUCCAGAGCUGCAAGUUCUCCAUGAAGAUGCGGAUGGCAGAGAGUGCUCGGAAGCAGAACAACUUCUCACUUGCCAUGAAACUACUUAAGGAACUGCACCGAGAGUCCAAAGGAAGCACCGAGCGGCUGGUGCCAUGGGUCCAGAGCUACUGCCGGCUGAGCCACUGCCGGAGCCACGGGCAGAGCCCGGCUGAGCGGAUCCUCGCUGUGCUGAAGACCAUCUCGCUAUUGGAUGAACACAACAUUUCAAGCUACUUAAGCAAAAAUAUCUGGGCUUUGUGUGAUCAGAACAUCCUCCUGGGUACAACAUACAGGAUCAUGGCUAAUGCACUCAGCAGUGAGCCAGGCUGCCUGGCUAACAUUGAAGAGAGCAAGGCCAGAAGAAUUUUGGAGCUUUCUGGAUCCAGUUCAGGAAGCAUAGAGAUGGUGAUCGCCAGUCUGUACCAGAAAGCAUUCCACCAUCUCUCUCGGGCCGUGCAUGCCGCCGAGGAGGGGGCUCAGCCUUCCUCCGGGGGCCUGGGGCCCACAGCUGGGGUGGCCGAUGCCUAUAUGACCCUGGUGGAUUUCUGUGACCAGCAGCUACGCAAGGAGGAAGAGAAUGCAUCGGAUGAAUCACAGAAGAAAGAGACAACUGUUCAUUCUAUAGACCUGCAGGUGUAUCCAGCACUUGUGGUGGAGAAAAUGUUGAAAGCUUUAAAAUUAAAUUCCAUGGAAGCCAGGCUGAAGUUCCCUAGGUUACUGCAGAUCAUAGAGCAGUAUCCAGAAGAGACCUUGAGCCUCAUGAUAAAAGAGAUGUCCUCCAUUCCUUGCUGGCAGUUCAUCGGCUGGACCAGCCACCUUGUGGCCCUGCUGGACAAGGAGGAGGCCAUAGCUGUCCAGCACACUGUGGAAGAGAUUGCCCAUCACUACCCACAGGCCAUUGUCUACCCAUUUACCAUAAGCAGCGAAAGCUAUUUCUUCCCAGAGACAUCCACUGGCCACAAGAAUAAGGAGUUUGUGGCAAGGAUUAAAAGUAAGUUGGAUCAAGGAGGAAUGAUUCAAGAUUUCAUUAAUGCCCUAGAACAGCUCUCUAAUCCUGAUUUGAUCUUUAAGGACUGGACUGACGAUGUAAGACUUGAACUAGCAAAACCUGCUGUAAAUAAGAAAAACAUUGAGAACAUGUAUAAAAGAAUGCAUGCAGCCUUGGGCAACCCACAGGCUCCAGGCUUGGGGCCCUGCAGAAGGAGGUUCAUCCAGGCCUUUGGAAAAGAAUUUGAUAAACACUUUGGGAAAGGAGGCACAAAGCUGCUUCAAAUGAAGCUCAGUGACUUCAAUGACGUUGCCAACUCACUACUUUUCAACAUGAGCAAAGACUUGAAGCUGCCUGGGAAUCUGAAAGAAUGGUCACCCUGGCUGAGCAACUUCAGAGUGGAGUUCCUAAGAGAUGAGCUGGAGAUUCCCGGUCAGUACGAUGGCAGAGGAAAGCCACUGCCGGAAUACCAUGCUCGGAUCACAGGGUUUGAUGAGAGGGUAAAAGUCAUGCCUUCUCUCAGAAAACCAAAGCGCAUCAUCAUGCGAGGCCAUGAUGAGCGAGAACACCCUUUCCUUGUGAAGGGUGGCGAGGACCUUCGGCAGGACCAGCGCAUCGAGCAGCUCUUCGAGGUCAUGAACAUCAUUCUGUCCCGUGAUGCCGCCUGCAGCCAGAGAAACAUGCAGUUAAGGACAUACCGAGUGGUGCCCAUGACUUCCAGAUUAGGGUUAAUUGAAUGGAUUGAAAAUACUUGUACCUUGAAAGACCUCCUUUUGAAUAACAUGUCACGUGAGGAGAAAGCAUCUUAUACCAGUGACUCCAAAGCACCGAUGUGUGACUACAGUGAGUGGCUGACAAAAAUGUCGGGAAAGCGUGGCACUGGCGCUUAUAUGCUAAUGUUUAAGAGAGCUAAUCGGACUGAAACUAUCACAGCCUUCAGGAAAAGAGAAAGCAAAGUGCCCGCUGACCUCUUAAAGCGCGCCUUUGUGAGGAUGAGCACCGGCCCCGAGGCCUUCCUGGCUCUCCGCUCCCACUUCGCCAGCUCUCACGCGCUGCUGUGUGUGAGCCACUGGGUCCUAGGCAUCGGGGACAGACACCUGAACAACUUCAUGGUGGCCUUGGAGACGGGGAGUGUGAUCGGAAUCGACUUUGGCCAUGCCUUUGGAUCAGCUACCCAGUUUCUGCCAGUCCCGGAGUUGAUGCCUUUUCGCCUAACCCGCCAGUUUAUCAAUCUCAUGUUACCCAUGAAGGAUACGGGGCUUAUCUACAGUGUCAUGGUGCACGCGCUGAGGGCCUUCCGCUCCGACCCAGGCCUGCUCACUAACACCAUGGACGUGUUCAUAAAGGAGCCCUCCUUUGACUGGAAGUGUUUUGAAAAGAAAAUGCUAAAAAAAGGAGGAUCAUGGAUUCAAAAAGUAAAUGUAACCGAAAAAAAUUGGUUUCCCCGGCAGAAAAUACGUUACGCUGAGAGGAAGUUAGCAGGUGCCAACCCAGCGGUUAUUACUUGUGAUGAGCUACUUCUGGGCCACGAGGAGACACCUGCCUUUGGGGAUUUCAGGGCUGUAGCUGGCGGAAGCAAAGAUCACAACGUUCGUGCCCGAGAACCACAGAGUGGCCUUUCUGCAGAGACACAAGUGAAGUGCUUGAUUGACCAGGCCACGGACCCUAAUAUCCUGGGCAGAACCUGGAUCGGCUGGGAGCCCUGGAUGUGAGGUCUGCUGGGGCCAGCAGACGUGAAGCGUGGGUGGUUUAGCGUCUCCGAGCACAGUCACUUUGAGACGCGUUCGUGUUGCCUGUGUCAUAGGUUGUUGUUACUGGGGUGAUAUUUCAUGGAACAGGUGCAUCAUAAUUUGUUUAUCCAUUCACCAAAGGGUGGAUAUCUGAGAUGUUUCCAUUUUGGGACUAUUAUGAAUAAAACUGAUAUGACAAAAAAAGUCUCCUAAACUUAAAUCAACAGCAAUCAAUAAGCUGACUUUCCUAAAGCAUGAUAGAGAAAAAAAUCACGUUAGUGACACAGUAUUGUAGCAUGGCUUGAAAUCAAGAUCAUGAUGAGUAUACAAA